AUCACUUUCAUAGUUAUUUAUUUACUUACAUUUAAUUAGUAAUCUGGCUAAAUGUUUAUAUUUAUUUGAAUCUAUUCUUUAUCCUAAUCAAAAAUGGGGCCAAAAACAAAAUCUCAGCGAAAGUGCUUAUGCGACACAGCUCAUGUUGUGAGAAAAAUCACAGGUCAUCCACCGCCUUUAAAAGAUACCGAAAUCAACAAGAUCAGACUUGGACUGUUUACGGAGAAAAACUCUGAUGGCUCUGGAUAUUUAGUACUAAGAGGGAACGAUAUUUAUGACCGAUAUACAAGGAGAAUCACAGACAGCGAUAUAAGAGCAAUAUGCUACUAUAUCAAUGAGCUGCCACGAAGAAUUACCAAGCUGGACUUGUGCUACAACCAGAUCACAGAUGUCGGCUUUUAUAAAUUAUUAAAGAAACUGCUGGUUAAGGGUCGAUCUAGCUUGAUAAACUUGAACAUUAUGAACAACGAAUUAACAGAGUUAUCCAUGCUUAGACUGGCUAAUUACGCCAAAUUUAUCAAACUGAAAUAUUUAAGAAUCAACGGCAAUGAUAUUGGCACUAAGGGUGGAGAGUAUUUUGCAAAGUUUUUAAGAGAAAAUGCAAGCGUAGAGUUCUGUGACAUAGGAGAGACAGGGCAGACCUUAACUAGCGUCGCUCAUCUAGUCACAGCCUUAAGAACGGACCAGGGAACAAACAAGACAGUAAAGGUGUUAGAUUUUAGUAGAAUAAUACCUUUAUUUAACCGAUAUUCAUAUGAAUCAAAAUGGCUGGCUUAUCACAUUGAAUAUUUAUUGGAAAGAAAUGAAACCUUAAUUGAAUUGCAUCUUCAAAAAAAUCAAUUCAUUGGACACGACAUGGAGUACUUUGUCAGGGGUUUAAAAUGCAAUAAAACUUUGUUAUAUUUAGAUUUGGGGUUUAAUAGCAUAGGUGAGUACGGGGCCGAAUUACUUGGGAAAUAUUUAGCCGAAAAUCCUAACCUAAUUCUUCUAAAUUUGGCGGGAAACGAUAUAAAAGAUACUGGAGCGCGCGCUUUAAGUUUCGGGUUGCCAUACUCAAAAAUUCGAGCCCUAGAUGUAAGUCGUAACAGGAUUAAUGAGCGGGGAAUUCUGGAUUUGCUUAAUUCGGUAAAAAAACCCUAUUAUUUAAGGUUUUUAAAUAUUUGGGGAAAUAAAAUCGGUCAUGUGGCCUGUGAAGUUAUUGAGAGAAUGUUGAUGAGUGGGGCGUUAUUUCAACAUACGAUUGACGUCCAAGUAUACGAAGUGGACGAAGUUUUGCACGCAGCAUAUUACCCGAAUCCUUCUAAUCGAGACAAACACUUUUAUUAUUGUGAAUUAGACUUUGGCUACGCGCAGCCGAUAUAUCAUAUUAAAAGAAAUGUUAUUCAUGAGAAAGCACCGGUAAAAGUUGAUUGUAAACACCGACAGAAAUUGGAUAAAGUGUAUAAUACUAUUAGGGCACUAAAACUGUAAAAUAUUUUGAUUUUUUUUAGUAAUUUGUAAUAAAUUAUUUGCCUUUUGAA